CUGGAAAAAAUGGCGGCUGAGGCCUGCAUGGCUGGAGGAGACUCAGCUGCAGCAGAACCGAACCCGGCCUGGAUCGAAUCCGGGCUCUGCUUGCAACGCUACCUGGCGCGGCUGAAGGCUCUGAGGCUCGCCCCCGAUCCCAGCCAGGCCCCGGGAGGGGAGAACGCCAGCCGCCGCCGCCCCGAGCUCCACCUGCUCUUCGACGAGCUCAUGUCCGAGACAUGCGUCCCGGGAGGAGCGGCGCCGUGGGGACCGAAGCCGGAGGACAUUUGUGAACUAAUUGUCCAAGCUUGUAAACUAGUCCAGCUUAAUCAAGAACAUCUUGUCAAUAAAGUGUGCCAAUUAAUUCACCAGCUGCUCAACAGAUUCCAGGUGAGAAAACUGAAUUUUUUUUGCCAUAUUCUGGUGGAGCAUCUAAUUUUAAGUGAGGUACUGUUUCAACUAUACUGUCCAUGGGGUUUUCAUGGCAAAGAUACUGGAGUGGGUUGCUAUUUUCUUCUCCAUUGGAUCACUUUUUCUCAAUUUUUCUCAAGCAAAUAGAUGGGGAAGAAAU